ACAACAAGAAGGAAGUACGGGGGUGUGGAACCGGAAAUACGUAAAUGCUACAAGAAAAGCGGCUACGUUUAAGAAGACACAGUUAUUAUUAGUUGUGUGUAAUUAGAUUAAUAUUAUUAUGGCUGGAACUGCUUCAGUUGCGGGUGAUGUGUUUGUUGAUGCUUUACCUUAUUUCGACCAAGGUUACGAUGCUGCCGGUGUUAGAGAAGCGGCUGCAGCAUUAGUGGAGGAGGAGACCAGAAGAUACAGACCAACUAAGAACUACCUAAGCUACCUGGCAACACCUGAUUUUUCUGCUUUUGAGACUGAAAUCAUGAAGAAUGAAUUUGAGCGCCUGGCAUCCCGGCAGCCCAUGGAGCUCUUGAGUAUGAAGAGGUAUGAACUGCCAGCGCCGUCUUCGGGUCAGAAAAACGACAUAACUGCUUGGCACGAGUGUGUGAACAACUCCAUGGCCCAGCUGGAGCACCAGGCGGUUCGCAUUGAGAACCUGGAGCUCAUGUCGCAGUACGGAACCAACGCGUGGAAAGUUUAUAACGAUAACCUUGCGUACAUGAUCGAAAUGGCACAAAAGGAACUUCAGAAGUUCAGGAAGCAAAUUCAAGAUUUAAACUGGCAGCGUAAAAACGACCAAUUAGGAGGAGGAGCCAAACUGCGAGAGUUGGAGUCAAACUGGGUGUCCCUGGUGAGCAAGAACUACGAGAUCGAGCGAGCCAUUGUUCAGCUAGAAAAUGAAAUUGGCCAACUGAAACAACAGCAAGGGGACGAGAACAAGGAAAACAUCAGGCAGGACUUCUGAUGUUCAGAAAAGACUGCUUGAGGUUUGGAAAUCCAGCUACAUAUGGAGGAAGGAUGAAUGAAAACAUAUUUUUAACUUGAUUGUGGACAUUGUUGACGGACUUCCUUUCAAAUUCUCAAAGCACAUUCAUGUUUUUGUAUGCCAUUUUAAUAAAGUUAAACAUUAUUUCUUAAAAUAGA